UCGUGUUAUUGGGCCGUCUCCAAGUAAAGAUGGUGGGCAUGAGUGUUCUCAGAUCUGCUGCUGCUUUUGCAGCCAGAUUGAGUCCUCUGAAAUCUGGAAAUAAUGCGGCACAAUUACUGUCUCGAACCAUCCUACGCACAGAUAAAGUGGCCGUGCGUUUUGGUGGUGGUGGUCAUGGAAAGCAAAUGUUUGUCGUCAAGUCCACUGAAUUCUACGACAGUAGAUUUCUGCGCUUGUUGAGAUUUUACCUUAUGCUGACUGGCAUUCCUGUGGCUAUCAUUAUUACUGGUGUGAAUGUCUUCAAGGGUGAGGCAGAGCUGGCUGAAAUUCCUGAGGGCUACGAACCUGAGCACUGGGAGUACUACAAGCACCCCAUCACCAGGUGGAUGACACGGACGUUGUUUGACUCUCCAGUGAAGGACUAUGAGAAGAUGAUGGCUGCAAUCCAAUACGAGAAAGAAAAGUCCGACAUGAGACUGACAAAGUUGGAGGUGAGUCGACAGAUGAGGAUGAAGGGAGACGGCCCCUGGUUUCAAGUGAAGACCCCCAACAAGGAUUUAAUUCACUACGGCCACAAGUCAACACCUGACGAUUAAUCUAUCAGUACAUUCUGCCGAUCCUUCUCACUGUUUGUACAUUUUUUCCCUUCUUACGUGAAUAAAGUAUCUAUAUCGACUCCCAA